AUGGACUACGACGCCCUUAAGGAGCAGUGGGGUGAAGUUGAGGAUCGCGAUGGCGUCCGCCUCAGCUGGAACGUGUUUCCAAGCUCUCGCAUGGAAGCCUCCCGACUGGUCGUCCCCAUCGGCGCUCUCUAUACUCCGCUGAAAGAGAAGCCUGAUACUCCCCUGCUGCACUUCGAGCCCGUCACCUGCAAGCAGCCUUGCCGCUCGGUCUUGAACCCUUUCUGCCAAGUUGACGUUCGCGCGCGCAUCUGGAUCUGCCCGUUUUGCCUGUCGAGGAACCCGCUCCCUCCCCACUACAAGGACAUCACCCCCAAUGCGAUUCCUCCUGAGCUGCACCCCUCCAACACAACCAUCGAGUACAGACUUUCGCGCCCAGCUCCGAGCCCUCCAAUCUUUCUCUAUGUCGUUGACACCUGCCAGGAAGAGGACAGUCUUGCUGCCCUCAAGGAGUCUCUGAUUAUGAGCCUCAGUCUCUUGCCUGAGAACGCCUUGGUCGGUCUGAUCACAUUCGGCACUAUGGCCCAGGUUCAUGAGAUCGGCUACACCGAAUGUGCCAAGUCGUACGUGUUCCGCGGCAACAAGGAAUACACGGCAAAGCAGGUCCAGGAGAUGCUCGGUCUCUCGCAGCCUGCUCUGCGCCCCGGCAUGCCCCCUCAGCCUGGCAGGCCUUUCCCUACGGGCCCGGCUUCUCGCUUCCUCCUCCCUGUCACCCAAGCUGAGUUCCAGCUUACCAAGGCUCUCGAGCAGCUGCAGAAGGACCCUUGGCCCGUCACGAGCGACCGCAGGCCCCUACGCUGCACUGGUGUCGCCCUCUCAGUAGCCGUUGGCCUGCUCGAGACUUCCUUCCAGAAUGCUGGCGGCCGCAUUAUGCUCUUCGCUGGCGGUCCGGCCACCGAGGGUCCCGGCAUGGUGGUUGGCCCUGAGUUAAGGGAACCUAUUCGCUCUCACCACGACAUUGAUCGCGACAAUGUCAAGUACUACAAGAAGGCCCUCAAGUUCUAUGACAACCUCGCCAAGCGGACAGCCCACAAUGGCCACACUAUCGAUAUCUUUGCCGGCUGCCUGGAUCAGGUUGGUCUUCUUGAGAUGAAGGGCCUGUGCAAUUCGACGGGUGGCCACAUGAUCUUGACGGACAGUUUCACAUCGUCCAUGUUCAAGCAGUCAUUCAUCCGUAUCUUUGAGAAGGAUGCGGAUGAUAACCUCCUUAUGGGCUUCAACGCUGUCCUUGAGGUGUUGACAACCAAGGAGCUGAAGGUCACCGGCCUCAUCGGCCAUGCCGUAUCGCUUAACAAAAAGUCGACGUCGGUCGGCGAGACUGAGUGCGGUAUCGGCAAUACCUGCGCCUGGAAAAUGUGUGGCAUCGAUCCCAAGUCGAGCUACGGUAUCUACUUUGAGAUCGCUCAAGGAGGUCCAUCCCAGCAUCAGCAGGCCCCGCAGAAGGCUAUGAUUCAAUUCCUCACAUACUACCAGCACUCGUCUGGCCAGUUCCACCUCCGUGUUACCACUAUCGCACGGAAUCUUAGUGGCCCGGCUGGUGACCCGGCGAUUGCGCAGUCGUUCGACCAGGAGGCCGCGGCAGUCCUUAUGUCCAGGAUCGCGGUCUUCAAGGCCGAGGUCGAUGAUGGGCCAGACGUGCUCCGCUGGGUCGACCGGAUGCUCAUCAGGCUGUGUUCGCGGUUUGCCGACUACCGCAAGGACGACCCAUCGUCCUUCCGCUUGGAGAAGAACUUUACCCUCUACCCGCAGUUCAUGUUCCAUCUGCGGAGAAGUCAAUUCUUGCAGGUCUUCAAUAACUCGCCAGACGAGACGGCCUUCUACCGCCACGUUCUCAAUCACGAGGAUGUUGGCAACUCCCUCAUCAUGAUCCAGCCUACGCUGGAUUCAUACACCUUCGAUCAGGAGGGCGGCGUCCCUGUGCUCCUGGACUCGACCUCGAUUCAACCUACUCAUAUCCUUCUCCUGGAUACCUUCUUCCACAUCCUCAUCUUCCACGGCGAGACCAUCGCCGAGUGGAGGAAAGCUGGUUACCAGGAUCAAGAAGGUUACGAGAACUUCCGCGCUCUUCUGGAGCAACCCAAGGAGGAUGCAAGGGAACUUAUCGCCGAUCGGUUCCCUCUUCCCCGUUUCAUCGUCUGCGACCAGGGUGGCUCCCAGGCGCGCUUUCUCCUGUCCAAGCUUAACCCGUCUACUACACACACGUCGGGUGCUGGUGCCUACGGCGGUGUUGGCGCGGCAAGCGGGCAGACUAUCUUCACGGAUGAUGUGUCCCUGCAAACGUUUAUGGAGCAUCUCAUGAAGUUGGCCGUGAGCGGUACAAAUUAG